AUGACCGUGUGUACCCACUGCAAGGCUCGACACUGGGAGUGCGAAAGGACAAAGUCGACCGGACAGUUCAGCACGUGCUGCUCGCAGGGCAAGGUACAGACAGCUACCUCCCUCUUUCCGGCCUAAUCCCGACUUUCAACAGCUACUUGAAGGCUCGGAUAGCGUUCAGUCCCUCCGUCCAACGACAUUCGUCUGUAGUAGACCCACAUGCUGAACUGUGCGACACACCUACACAGAAGCUAAGGCAUUCCGGCGUUCCGCGAGAAUGCCCGGUCGUACAACAACGCGCUGUCGUUCACUUCGCUCGCUGCCCACUUUGACCAGACUCGACCAGGCACUCAAGGACCCCGCAUGUUUCAGGUAUUUCGUCGCCUUUACCAUUGGCUCGGGCACUCUCGGCGCCCUAAUUCCUGCCGUCAAUCAGGGCCCAACCUUUGCCAAAACAUGGCUCAUCUGCCCGGCCGAGGCCACCGACACUCAAUUUGGACCCGACGGCGCAGACAGUCGCAUACAAAGAUCUACUUUGACCAAGCUCGACUCCAUGUUGGGCACCGGACAUCGCUUUGUGAGGGAGCUCGCAUCGGCCAAAGCCCGCGCAGGUUGGGUUACGGCCAAAGAAUGGGUCCUGCGCCUCUGUCUAACACCUGGCCGGGACCGACGCACCCACAACCUUCCUACGUGGAGCACGGAAAUGGCGAUGCCUAUCUGCGAUUCCGACGCCAACAUGUGAGGUCGUGGACCGCAAGACCUUAAUCUUCAGGCGCACGGUGAUCAAUGUCCCGACGGUCGGCCCAAGUACCAAGUUGUUAGCUUGCUCCAUCCGUCUGCGAUGCCUCUCCGUUCCCCACUCCUAUUCCCUGCAGGAGAAGAUAACUGCCUCCCCAACAUUCCUCUUUGCAGUUCCAACCAAGCUGGGUCACCCUUCGCCGACAAAGAGGAUGAAGACGAGGAGGAAGGGGACGAAGAGAAUGGUGAUGGUGAACCUAAGCGCCUUCGGCUCUUUCUCGGAUGUUCCAUUUUGUUAAGGCGCACGCACAGACUGACAUGUAACGUUUUAACACCUAGGACGAAGCUCAAAUAAAGGGGGUCGAAGUGGCGAGUCUCGCGUUCACAAUUCUUUGCGUACUACUUGCACAAACGCGACGAGUACUUCUCAAUCCCGCAUUGCACCCAACGUGCCUUCCUGGCGUUCGUGAUGACGGAUACUCCCACGUCGAGACCGAUCGACUCAACUUACCUCCAAUUGCAUCAAGAAAACCUCCGCCUCACCACGGGCCAAGGUAUCAUCAGCUUGACCCCGGUCAAAUUGGAUGUUCAGUGAUUUUAAGCUCAACGUUCAAGAAUAGACCGCGCGAGAACACGCAGCAUUACCAAGAUGCGAUGGCGUGCGUCGUCAAAUAUGGAAAGCCUUCGCUGUUCAUCACGGUGACGUGCAACCCCGAAUGGCCGGAAAUCAAGGCUGCACUGGGGCCGAGCGACCAAGCACCGGAUCUCAUUGCACGAGUGUUUGAAGCCAAGUUGAACCGACUCUGCGACGACGUUUUUGGCAACAAGCAACGGGCAGGCUGUUUGGGCGAUGAAUGGAAAACUGUUUCUUUGCUGUACUUUAUAGUGUGUUUUCUUAGCCUCUGUUGA